AAGCACAAAAUACAAAAGCAGAUCACUCGCAGUCCGAACAUAGAUGCAGAAACGUUGCGCGACCCGGGCACUAUACUCUCUAAGACCCUCGCGCAGCGCAUGUCUUGGGCUGCACGUCGUCAGGCGACUCGAACGGAAGAUCUUGCGUACUCUCUACUUAGAAUAUUCCAAAUCAAUAUGACCAUGCAGUACGGUGAGGGUGAAGAAGCUUUCGUACGGCUGCAGAAGGAGAUCAUAUACGCUACCGACGACUUGUCACUUUUCGCCUGG